UGGAGCGAAGGACGCCUACAGAUGAUUGCUCGCUGGUGUAUCGAGGAUGGUGGAUAGCUAGAGCCCAUGUUCCUCCUCAGAGCUGACUCGAGCCAACAACACACAGUGAACCCCGCUCCUUUCCACUCCCUGUCUCUUCUCACUCCCCGAGGGAGGAGGGAAGAAAACAACUUAAAACAAAAGGGGGGACAUAAUGAUUAGCACCACCAUGGAGUGUGCUGCUGCCGCGGUAGACGCGCAGAGCCUCAUCUCGCUCUCCUUGCGGAAGAUACACAACUCCCGGGCGCAGCGAGGAGGCAUCAAGCUCCACAAGAACCUGCUGGUGUCCUACGUGCUGCGGAACGCCCGGCAAGUUUACAUGAACGAAAAGUACGCGGAGAUCUACCGGAUGCAGCAGUACGAGGAGGUGAUGACCGUCUGCAACGAGAUCGAGGAGCUGAACCCCCUGGAUCAUCUGGCCGGCGGGGACGGAGAGGAGCCGAGCGGGGAGUGUUGCCGCAGCGCCGGCGUCGCCGGAGCGGGAGAAGCGGUGAGCCUGUGCGGUGUGUCGCUUCCUCCACCUCCUCCUCCUGCCGUCUCUAGUGCUGGUGCCUGCUCCUCGGCGACUCCCCUCGCUCUCCACAGCGGCGAGGAGCUGUGUAAGGACUCCGAAUCCUCCUCUUCGUACUACCGGAGCUGCUGUAUGGAAGCGUACCCCGUGUCAAACUGUGACCUUUCCCUGACGGGGAGCGGCGGCGGUGGAAUCGGCGGCGGCAGCAACAGCGCACAUUGCAACAAAACCACCGUUCUCGAUCUGGACACGCACAUAGUGACCACGGUGGAGAACGGCUACCUCCACCAGGACUGCUGCGCGCUGCCUCCGCUCCAGUCCCCGGUGCAGCAGGGCGCGCAUGCUGCGCUCGGCGCAGCGCAGCCCUCCACCAAGAAGCGGAAGGUGGACUUCGGCUGUUAUUACGUCUCCUCCGAUAUGGAGGAGAUUUCGGAUUUCGUGCCGUGCAAACGGGUGAAAUUCGAGGACUGCUCGUACUCGAAUUGUGAAUAUCUGGACUCCUCGAACAUCUCAAACCUCAUCUCCAUCUUCGGCUCGGGGUUCUCGGGGCUGGUGAGCCGGCAGGCGGACUUUGAGCAAGCCCUGAACGGACAGUUCUGUAGCCAGCAAGCCCUGGCGAGCCUCGGCGCAUGGACUAGAGCCAUUGUAGCGUUUUGACUUGGGGGGCGAACUAGAAUCAAACACUUUAUACAACUGUACCAAUCCUAAAUCAACUAUAUAUGUCUAUUUUUGAAAAAGAAAUGUUUCAACGUGGAGCAGAUGGUGGACUUCAGUUUUAACAAUGGGAAACAAUGGUUGUGCCAUAUGUUAUGUGCAAAAUGUCCCUUUAUACAGAAAGAUGUCUACAGAAUAUAUUAAGUAGGCCUAUUAAUUAUUUUAAUCUAACGAAAUGGAGUUUUGUUGCCUUAAGCCCAACACACAUUACUGCUAGCUAUUGCCAUAGCCUACGUUGAAAGUAAUUGAAGGUGGCUGAAUGUCUUUGCUCGCUAAUCAUGUCUUUUUAAUAUGAUCUGCAUCCAAACAUGUUAUUUCAAACAAUAUGUACACAUGUGGGUGUAAGGACAUUGUCAUGGCUCAGUGCUGCCAAAAACCCAGUCACAACAGAAACCCUUAACAUGCCUCAACUGCUUCUGUGGAGCCCUAUUACCUGGUGAACAACCAUGUAUUAAGGUCUGGUGUGUUCUGAUCACUCUGUGAUUGAAGACAUCCUUUAUAUGCCUAAUGUGGUUUCGACGCAUGUGACCAUUACAUUCAUGUGUUUAAUAAGUCAAUGGCCGACUCAAAUUUCCCUCCGAAACUCUUUGAGUGGAUUCACUCAGAUUCAGCCCUGGGCAUGUCAGUUGAUGGAGUGCCAAAACUUCUAUGCCAUCACACCUUGUGAGCUGCUAAGGCCUAUUUACUUCAACUCCCAGCAUGCACCAGCCCAGGUAUAUUUUGGCAGUUUGUGCUGAAUCGUUACCCCCUUGAUCAAAGGUUGUUGCUGAAACUUUGACAUCCAUUCAUGAUUCAAAUAUAACUUGCUUUUGUGAGUUUUAUUUUCCAAUAUGUUAAUCCUUUUGUUUUAAAAAGGCAAUCUCAUCAUUUAGCCAUAGCCUACUACAUCCAUGCAUUAGGCCUGUAUAUGAACACUAUGUGUACCAAAAUAAAGGAGUUUCAGGCAUUCUCUCAA